AUGUUUACCGGAAUUGUCGAAGAGAUCGGCACCGUCGCCGAGCUCAACCCCUCCGACUCCACGGGCGGCACCUCCCUGACCAUCACCCUGCCCCCGACCUCCUCCCUCCUCAGCGACGCCCACCAAGGCGACUCGAUCGCCGUCAACGGCGUGUGCCUGACCGUGACCUCCUUCGACCCCCGCCCGGACCAGGGGGGCCCGCUGUUCACGGUGGGCAUCGCGCCGGAGACGCUGCGGCUGACCAACCUGGGCUCGCUGGCGGCGGGGGCGCGCGUGAACCUGGAGCGGGCGGUGCGGGCGGACACGCGCAUGGGCGGGCACUUCGUGCAGGGCCACGUGGACACGACGGCGACGGUGGUGGCGCGCGCGCCCGACGGCAACGCGCUGACCCUGCGGCUGGCGCCCGCGCGCCGCGACGUGCUGCGCUACGUCGUCUACAAGGGCUUCGUCGCGCUCGACGGCGCCAGCCUGACGGUCACGCGCGUGAACGAUGAGGAGGGCUGGUGGGAGGUCAUGCUGAUCGCCUACACGCAGGAGCGCAUCGUGACGGCCGCCAAGGCUGUGGGCGACACGGUCAACGUCGAGGUGGACAUGACGGCCAAGUAUGUGGAGAAGAGCCUGCAGGGGUAUCUGGCGGGCCUGGGGGAGGGCGAA